AUGCUGGUAUGGCGGCUGCUUGUGAGGGAGUUGGAGGUGUUCGUUGGUGGGCUUGAGGGUCUUGUCAAGAUGAUUUCGCAACUGGUCCACUUGUUUGUCGUCGGCCGGCGCUACUUCGUUGCUCCAUCGGCGCUGAUCAAGAGUCUGGCUGGUGUGGUUCCCGUUGGAGAUCAUGGUAGCUUGGGCGAGUUUGGACUGCUGCGACUGGCGCCUGCGAUAUCGGCCCAGGUCAGAGCGUUGUGCGCGUUAUGGAGGAAGCUGUCAUCUUUAUCUGCUGCCCUCAGGAACGUGAAUCAACGUCGUGCAGCCGGCAAGAAUAGAUUUUGGCCGGGCGCAGCGCCGUCGCAGGAUGACGCACACGUGCUUGGUCGGCUGGAGCUGGUGCUGGUGCUGGUGAUUUUCGGAAAAUGGGCAGAAAAUCGGGAUGUCUUCUGCAGAGCCUGCGAAAACUGGAUCAAAAGCUGGCAGUGCGCUGUGGUUCAAACGGUAGAAUAUAUAUCGCUUUGGCUUUUCUUACAUACAGCCCGAGCCCUGACCUGGCCUGGCCUGGCAGCGCCAGUCCGCCGCGAAACUUACUGGUGCUGUCCUUUUCGCCUGAGGCUGAGCGCCACUGCCAAUCUGACCCAUCAACAACAAAUGGAAUUUGCACGAGAUGGACGAUCUGCCACAUACCGCUGCCAAGGAUAUCUCGGUGCACAGCUUCCGCCCAGGACCACCGUUGCACCUCUCUCAACGCCCACGAACAAGUCUCCGCCAACUCCGCCAAGCAGGAGUCUCGUCAUCGUGAAAGGAAGGAUAAGAAGACGCGACCUAGAAUACUCCGUCCAAGCCAUGUCCAUUACCCCCUUCAACGGCGACCGAAGUUCCACAAGCAAGCCUGCGGAGACAACGAUCCACCUCAUAGAAGACUUUUACAAUCAAGAGGCCUUUGCUAGAGCUCUGUCCCAUACCCUCGUGUCCGACAUAUCCUACUGGUGUUUGGAAAUGCCAGAAGUGGUGACCAAGGAAAGUCCAACAGCUUGCAGCAACCAUCACUGGACGCGUGUGUCAACGGAACCUUCAUCACAGCACAGUGCUUCGAACAGAAACGCUAUCUCCAAGCAGGCUCAACUGUCAAGCAUGGGAACAGGGCCAUACGACGAAUCGCUACACUGCAACACUUUCGCAGCAGCGCUCAUAGUAAGCAAUGAUGCUAUGAAAGAAGAGACGAGCUGA